UUUAAACUUCAAACAUGGGAUCUGUUUCUUAGGUUAUGUCAAUUUCAAAAGUUUAUUUACGUUUAUUUCAAAAGUUUAUUUUGUAAAUUUAUGUUUUUAUAGUAGAUCGAGUAGAUCUGUUAUUUCCUUUUAUUUAGUGCUCAUAUUGAUAUAAACGUUAAACUGUAAAUACACAUAAUGAAUGUCAAGGAAGUCCAGGAAAAGGUGAAAGAGUAUGAAAAUUUCAUUGAAGAUAAACUCAAACCCGACCUAGAAGACAUAGUAGUGAUCCUUAAAGACAAAAGUACGAAGUUAAAAGACUGGGAAGAAGUAAAAACAACUGUGAAAACGGUUCGUAGAUCUAAAGAAAAAGAUCGAGACAUGGUAGUGAAAGUAGACAUUGGGGGAGGUAUUUUAGCCCAAGGAGAAAUUAGUGAUCUAGAACAGAUAUAUGUAGACGUAGGCUUAGGUUAUAUGCUUGAGAUGAACCACCAGGAAGCCGAUAGAUACGCAGAUAUCAGGAUGAAUUUGCUGAAGAAGGAAAUAGCUCACUUUAGAAAGAUGGCUGUAGACGUUAAAGUUAAUAUUAAAUUGAUAUUGCUGGCUCUCAGUGAGUUACAAGCCACCGUAACACCAACAAAUUUGCUUACGAAUAACAAAUAAUAAGGUUUACCAUUUUAGGGCUAUAUCUCCUUCAAAAAGGCUGUGUUUUUCAUCAGGACUGCAAGUUAUUGUACAAAAUGUUACUGCAAAACAGAUUCGUAUAACGUUGAUCUGGAUACUGCAAAAGUGUGAUUACAGUGGUAUUGCUAACUUGGCUCCAGUGUUCAUAGUUUAAAUUAAGGACUGUAUACCAAUAGUUAAUUAAGUGCAAAACAGGAAUGAUUUGGCUCAACUUGUGAUAGAAACAAUACCUACCAUUGACUUUGAUGUUAUUAUGUAUGGUGUAAUGAAUAAAAAACAAUAUUUUACCAUGA